AUGACUUCAUCUCGGGCGUUGCAAGACUUUCAGAUCGAAGAGUUUUUGGAGGAAGAAUCGGAAACUGUCGAUGCUUGUAGUGAAGAAGAGGAUAACUUAAGUGUAGAUGACGUGCAAAGUGACUACGAGCAUGAUUUGAUAAAUGACUUUAUUUUAGAAGAGGUUGCAGAGAAGAUAAGUGAUCUUUACCCAAAGAAAAAUAAAUACUCGUUUUAA